UAUUGAAAAUUGUAAUAAUCCUAAAUCAAAUAUCUGACUUCAGUGUUUAGUAUGGCUAUAUUGCCUAUAUCUCUUCGAUAAGCGGAUACACUUUUAUUUUAUCAUUGAUCUAAAUUAAAAGAUUUAAUUUUGAUUUAUAAUAGCGUUUAAAAAUGGCUUUGCCCCGUGUGAUUAACGGGAUGUUGCGCACUAAAGCUAUUUAUGUAGUGUCUAGCAGGAGUGCAGUAUCGCAUGAACCUUGGAAGCCUGGUCCAUAUCCAAAAACUGAAGAAGAACGACUUGCUGCAGCAAAAAAGUAUGGCCUGCUACCAGAAGAGUAUGCACCACAUCCAGAUGAUGGUUUGGGUUUUGGUGACUACCCAAAAUUACCAGACAUUGGCCAGGAUUCCAAAAGUGAAUAUUAUCCCUGGGAUUGCCCCGAACAUAAUAGAAACUUUGGCGAGAUAAUGCACGUUCAUUCUGAUAUGUGGGGUUCAGACAAAGGUGACCCAAAUUAUAGAGAAAAAGCUAGAUAUCCAGACUGGCAGAGAGUAUUAUCAUUAUUUGCUGCAGUUUUUGGAAUAAGUGGAUUGAUGUAUAUUGGAAAUUAUUGGUGUAAACGAUAUAGACCAUUUAUGCCUAAACAAUGGCCUCAAGAAAAUGUUAAAUAUUAUACUUAUUCAGAUAAAUAUUUCUGAAUAUUGAUUACAGUCAAGUUAUUUUUGUGUAGUAACUAAGAUUUAAAAUACAUUUUUAAGUUUGUUACAGUUAAAUGUUAAAUAAAAUAUGUAUGAAAUCAAA